AUGCGUUUGUCUACAUUGACUGCCGCCCUUGGCUUCGCGGGGGUGGGCGAGGCCCUUCGAGGCCCAAUGCCGAUCAAGUCCGUGAAGGCCAUAACGAAGGUGCUCGGCGCCGGGGAGGAAAGAAAGCAAAGCAUUGUGCACGCGAAGAUGGCCUACUUUGACCAGCUCAUUGACCACAAUCGUCCGGAGCUGGGCACGUUCAAGCAGCGAUACUAUUACAGCACCGACUACUGGCAAGGGCCAGGCUCGCCCAUCUCGAUGGAGGCGCCCUCGGAGAACCCUUUAGAGCUCGAGGACGUCUUCCUAACAAACAUAACCAUGGUGGGCCUCAUCGCGCAGAGCUUGGGCGGCGCGGCUGUCAUCCUGGAGCACCGCUUCUACGGCGACAGCCACCCGCCCCAGGAGGGUACCCAGAACACGGAGUACCUGCAGCCGCUCACGUUGGAAAACUCUAUUGACGACCUCGUGUACUUUGCCAGGAAUGCCGAGCUCCCCUUUGACCCCGAGGGAGCGUCCCACCCAGAUAAGGCGCCGUGGACGCUCUGCGGCUGCUCGUACGCGGGUGCGCUGUCGGCGUGGACCGAGAAGAUCGCGCCUGGUACCUUUUGGGCGUACGAAGCUGGCAGUGCCGUCGUCGAGGCCCGGAGUAGUCUCUGGCAGUACUUUGAGGUUAUCGAGGAGGCUAUGCCGCGAAACUGCUCUGCCGAUUGGAAAAGAGUCAUGGCUAACAUUGACCAUGUCCUGAUGCACGGUUCGGCCAGCGACAAGGACCAGCUGAAGCAAAAGAUGGGAGUCGCAAACUACACUGACAAGACCACCGCAGAGUUUGCAACGCAGUGGUUAGGCAGUUGGCAGGACCAGCAAUAUGGAAUGGGCUAUUCUGAGUUUUUCCAGAUGUGCGAUUACAUUGAGAACCAAUUGCCCGAGAAGUACGAGGCUGCGCCUGGCCCCGACGGUCUUGGACUGGAAAAGGCCCUCGAAGGUUAUUUCCGCGGCUUACAGGAACUGGGCGAAGUGGUCAAGUAUGGCGCUCCGGUGCUCGAAAUCGAGUUUCCUUACCCCUGGAAUUGGCAGCUUUGUAACGAACCGCUCGAGUGGUGGCCAACUGAGCGGCCCGACAGGCCUCUGCACAUCACCACCGGCUAUGACACCGAGCAAUCCCUGCGGCAGGCGGUCUGCAUCGAUGCCUUCCCCGACGUCGGAAAGUACAAGGUCGGCGUCCAGACGGGCCGCAAUGAACAUGCCGUCAACCGCCUGACGAGCGGGUGGAGGAACCACAACGCCACGCGUCUCGUCUGGGUCAACGCCAACCUCGACCCGUGGCUGUAUGCGACGGUCUCGUCGCCCGACAGGCCGGGCGGUCCGCUGCAGAGCACCGAGGACGCUCCUCUGUAUAUGCUUCGCGGCGGUUCGCACUGCAACGAUUAUCCCACUCAGAAUGCUGCUGCAAAUGAGGAUGCUCGCAUCAUGUUUGAUGGUGUGGCGACGAAUAUGAAGAAAUGGGCGACGGAAUUUUACAGGCUGCAUAACGUCACACGCAAAUUUUAG